CAUUCACACCUCUUCUUCAGCAGGAGACCAUCCCACUGCCGGUCUGCCCACACAUUUAUGUGAAUAUUUGGUUUUAUUUGAUGGCAGAACCUUCUGCCCCCCCAGCAGUAUGGACUGUCUGCACCUGCCGCUCGGCAUUAUGGGUCUGAAAGCAACAGUUUUGGCCGAAGCGUGUUCAGCUUCUUUCUGGAACGGAUUAAAUCUCUGAAACGUGAAGGACUGAUAUCUGGAACUGUUCUCCUUUAACUUCCACUGAUCCUGGUUCUUCUCUGAUCAGAAUCAGAAUCAGAAAUACUUUAUUGAUCCCCGAAGGACUUUAUUGAGCCCCGAAGGACUUUAUUGAUCCCCGAAGGACUUUAUUGAUCCCCGAAGGACUUUAUUGAUCCCCAAAGGACUUUAUUGAUCCCCGAAGGACUUUAUUGAUCCCCGAAGGACUUUAUUGAUCCCCAAAGGACUUUAUUAAUCCCCAAAGGACUUUAUUGAUCCCCGAAGGACUUUAUUGAUCCCCGAAGGACUUUGUUGAUACCUGAAGGAUCGUCAAACUGAUCUCUGGUCCUGUUCUCCUUUAACCUCCGGAUUCCUGGUUCUUCACUGAUCAGAAUCACAAAUACUCUCUUGAUCCCUAGAGGAUCGUUUCUCUUUAUUUCUGUAGCGUGUUUUGAUCGAACCAAGAGGUCAAAAUGCCGUUCAUGCCGGUGAAGUUCAACCUGCAGAAGCGGGUGAAGCUGGCGCAGGGCUUGUGGAUGAUGUACUGGUUCUCGGUCAUCAUGGGCAUCCUCAUCUUCAGCCUCGGCAUCUUCUUUAAGAUCGAGCUGCGGAAGAGGAGCGAGAUGAUGGACAACAACGAGAGCCACUUAGUGCCCAACCUGCUGAUCCUGGCGGGCUUGCUGGCCUGCGGGCUCAACGCCUUCGGGGGCAAGGUGUGCCACGACUCCCUGGACCCGGUCAAGUUCUCCAAGUGGAAGCCGAUGCUGCGCUCGUACCUGCUGCUGUGCUGCGGCUUCAACGGGCUGCUGCUGCUCACGGCGCUGCUCUGCUUCCUCAUGCAGUUCGCCGUGUACCUGACGCUCGCCGAGGGCCUGAAGAACAGCAUCAGGUUCUACAAGGACACGGACACGCCGGGACGCUGCUUCAUGAAGAGGACGCUGGACAUGACGCAGAUCGAGUUCCGCUGCUGCGGGAACAACAACUUCAGGGACUGGUUCGAGGUUCAGUGGAUCAGCAACCGCUACCUGGACAUGAGCAACGACCUGGUCAAAGAGUGAGUCC